AUGCCUUCGGUACCGCUUCGACCGGCAAAAAUUGCCGUCGCAAGAAAUGGUGUCGGUGCAUACAUCUUUCAAUGUCGCAAGAUGGUAUUUCAUUAUUGUGAGAGAAGCGGCAGUAGUCGAGGAAUGAUUGAAUAUCUAAAGAAUGGCUUGGUACAAUUUGCGCGCAAGAACCCACAGAUUGAAAUUUUUGUAAAACCAAGACCGUCCAAGCAUCCUGUUAUCCGUGGCAUAUAUCUAAAUGGGAACGACAAAGUGAUAUGUGUACGAAAUCUGGAUACGACCCAAAUUGCAGAAAAAGUGCGUCAGAUCCGCGACUCUUCAGGGAAAAAGGCCGACAAGCGAUUCAAGAAGCCCGUGUUGUCGACAACCGAAAGUGUGAGGGGAAUCUGGAGCCCAUUUCACACUAAGCAGCACGUCAUAUAA